UAUCAAUGUCAACUUGAAAGAAUAUUCCGGAUUUUUAAGUGUCAAAGGAAGUUGAUAAUAAGCAGCUUUAUUCAUUCUUGUUUUAUCUAGAAAACGCCUAGUCAAGCGGCUUUAAAAUAGUUUCUAGAAAAUUGAAACAGUUUGCUGUACAACCGAUUAAACAAAACACAAACACAACAAUGGUCGAUUACAGCAAGUGGAAGGAUAUUGAGAUAUCCGAUGAUGAAGAUGAAACCCACCCAAACAUUGAUACACCGUCGUUAUUUAGAUGGCGUCAUCAAGCCAGAGUCGAAAGAAUGGAAGAGAGAAAAAAGGAAAAACAAGAACAUGAGCAACGUAAGGCUGAGAAUUUAAGGAAACUAAAUGAAACCAAAAAAAAGAUAACUGAGGUUGGCCCUGAGAGCCCAGAUAUGGAAUCGCUAAAAAAAGCCCUUACUGAUUUAGAAAAUGAACAAAAGGAGAUACAGAAGAAAGAAGAAGAAUUGAGAAAGAAAGAAAAAACUACUCCAUGGAAUGUGGACACAAUAAGUGAACCAGGGUUUACUAAAACAGUAAUUAAUACAAAACCCUCCAGGCCUAGGGAUGAAAAUUUGACUGAGGAAGAGAAAGAAGCAAAGAUGAAGAAAUUCAUAAACGAAAAUGAAAAACUUCUUAAGAAAUUUGGACUAUUAAGGAAAUAUGAUGACUCAAAACAAUUUCUCCAAGAACACAAUCAACUGGUGUGUGAAGAAACAGCUAACUAUUUAGUUAUUUGGUGUAUCAAUUUAGAAAUGGAGGGGAAACAUGAGCUAAUGGCCCAUGUAGCUCAUCAAACUAUCUGCAUGCAGUACAUGCUUGAGCUGUCAAAACAAUUGGAUGUGGAUCCCAGAGCUUGCAUUGGAUCCUUCUUCUCAAGAAUUCAAGUAGCUGAAAAGACUUACAAAGACUCCUUUGAUGAUGAGCUUGAACAAUUUAAGAAGAGGAUUCAGAAGCGAGCAGCAGAGAAGAUACAAGAGGCUAUCAAAGAGCAGGAAGAAGAGGAGAGACAAGCUAGACUGGGCCCAGGUGGUCUAGACCCCGUGGAAGUCUAUGAGGAACUGCCUGAUGAAUUGAAGAAAUGCUUUGAUGCUCAAGAUGUUCCAAUGUUGCAAGCAACUAUAGCAAAAAUGCCAGAGCAAGAAGCUGUUUACUAUAUGAAACGAUGUGUAGAUUCAGGAUUAUGGGUCCCUGGGAAGAAUGAUGAAGAACCAACAAUGAAAGAAAACAGUGGACAGCCUUCUGCCGAGAAAGAUGUGGAACCUUCUGUCAGCACUGACGAUGUAGAUUAAGCUCAUAUCUCUAUCGAACCUUGUACAUAAGUUAAGCCAUGUGGCAUUUGCAUUUUAUCAAUUUUGCAGAAUAAUUGGAAUACCUAGUAUUAUUUCUUUGUUUACCACCUUAUGCUUCAGUCGAUGUUGUGUACAGAACAAUGCUUAUAAUGAACCCAAUAUAUGCUGGAGAUUAUGU